UCCUCCUCCUCCUCCUUCCCUCUCUCCAGACACCAGCGCGGGCCGGAGGACGAUGAGAGGCUGAUUGUUUGCUCCGGCUCCCUAUUCGCAUCCCCUCGCCUAUAAAUACCGGCGAGAAGAAAAGCCGUUCCCGCCGCCUUCCUCGGGCCGUGUUUCCUUCCUAACGGCCUGACCUGCCCGAUGGCACCGCCCGGGUGCUGCCGCGCUUGAGACCCCUUCUGGCUGCCUAACCGUUCCAGAGGCGCAGUACGUUCCCCCCGGCUUCCCCACACUCCCCGCCUCUCCUCCCUCCGCCCAGUCCCGACCAGGAAGGCGCCCCUUUCUCUCUGCUCGCCACCCCGAUUUCGCCCGUUUCUCCCAUCCGCCGGUACCCAGGAAAGAGGAGAAGAUGCAUUUCGCGCCGCCAGGGCUCUUGCUCGCCCAGCUCCAUGCUUGCAUCUACUGGAGCUGCCUGUGGCCCGCCGGUUGCCAGCAGCCGCCGCCGCGCCGGGACCCCCCGCCGCCCCCCGCCGCCUGGAGGCAGCGGAUUCAGUGGGAGAACAAUGGGCAGGUGUACAGCCUGCUCAGCCUCGGCUCCCAGUACCAGCCCCCCCGGCGCAGGCAGGCGGCCGAGGCUGUGGGCAGCCCCAUCCUGCUGCUGCGGAACAACGGCACGCUGCCGCGGAGAGCCGCCGCUCGAGCAGCCGCGGAGACCCAGCCCGCCGCCGGCAGCCGAGGCAGCUCCGGCUCCCGGCGCUGGUUCCAAGCGGGCUACCAGUCUCCCUCCGGGGGCCGCGCCUCCCCCGUGCCGCUGAGCCAGAGCUCCGCUAUCCCCGCGGCCACGGGGGUGGCCGGGAGCGGAUCGUCUGGGGCGUCGAGACCCGGCACCUCCACCAGCCCCGGCGGCGGCACCGGGACCGACGGCAGCCGGAGCAGCACUGGGGCCGGCGACCUGCCUCCCCUCAGCAGCUUCAGAUCCGGGCGGGAAGAUGUCAUGGUAGGAGACGACCCCUACAACCCUUACAAGUACACGGACGAUAACCCCUACUACAACUACUACGACACCUACGAGCGGCCCCGGCAGGGCAGCAGGUACCGACCCGGCUAUGGCACCGGCUACUUCCAGUAUGGUCUCCCUGACUUAGUCCCGGAUCCCUAUUACAUCCAGGCGUCCACAUAUGUCCAGAGGAUGUCCAUGUAUAACUUGAGAUGUGCUGCCGAGGAGAACUGCCUGGCAAGCUCAGCUUAUCGAGCAGAUGUUAGAGACUAUGACAAUCGGGUGCUCUUGAGAUUCCCCCAAAGAGUGAAGAAUCAAGGCACGUCAGAUUUUCUGCCCAGCAGACCCCGUUACUCAUGGGAGUGGCACAGCUGUCACCAACAUUAUCACAGCAUGGAUGAAUUCAGCCACUAUGACUUGCUGGAUGCAAGCUCACACAGAAAAGUUGCUGAAGGACACAAAGCAAGUUUCUGUCUUGAAGAUACCUCCUGUGAUUAUGGGUAUUAUAGACGGUAUGCAUGUACAGCACAUACACAGGGACUGAGCCCUGGCUGCUAUGACACUUACAAUGCUGAUAUAGAUUGCCAGUGGAUUGAUAUUACAGAUGUAAAACCUGGAAAUUACAUUCUGAAGGUCAGCGUAAAUCCCAGCUAUUUGGUACCUGAAUCCGAUUACUCCAACAAUAUUGUACGCUGCGAUAUACGCUACACAGGCCACCAUGCAUAUGCCUCUGGCUGCACAAUUUCACCAUACUGAGAAAGACGCAAAAAAAUGGAUGAGACGAUGACAAAUGUUUUGAACUGAAGUAUCGUUAUAUAAACUUAAAUAGGAUGCAAACACUAUACAAGCAAAACUACAGAACAUACACACAUACACCCACACACCUUAUGUGAUUUUGAAGCACUUCAGCUGCUUCUCAACCAAAGCUGCAACUGGAUUUUAUGCAUUUUAAUUGGCAUUACUUUUAUUACUAUUGAAAUGUGUGGAACUGGUGAUUCAUGCACAGAUACUUUAUAUUUUGAAAAUCUAACUCAUUCAUAAAAACAUGAGCAUUCCUUAACUCCUGAAAAUUUGGAGUUUACAUGAUAAUAGACUGCAGUGGGAACAUUAUUGAUGAAUGAGUUGAACAUUUUAAAACAUAGUGAAAAUUUAUGUAAAAUGAAUUAAAUGCAAUAGAAAGUACUAAUGUCACCUAUCUAAGAAAAUACCAGAAUGAAAAAAAAAAAAAGCUUAGGAGUAAUGCUACAGUACCAUUAAAAUGAAUUUGCUAGGACAUGAUUUGAAUGAGAAAAGUCUGUUCGGUUUUCAAGGAAUAUUAACAUAUAGCAAAGAAAUACAUAUAAAUAUAUAUAUAUCAGUUAUACCCCUGCAAGAAAAGUUAUGUUUACAUUUUUAAUACAUUAGAAGUGUUUCUCUAAGUAAAAAACAGAUGGGGUUUUGAAAGAAAUCUUUCAUCUGUGGAAAUAAAUUAAAGAACUUACUUAGCCACCUUUCUAUGUUCGAGAUUUUUCAAGGUGGGGCUUUUAAAAGAAUUCUGCAAACUUAAUGUGGAUACAAAUAAGUACCUGUCAAGACAAGGGCUCUUGGAGAUGAAGAGUCCCUGAUAUAGUUAUCUGUGAAAAACAUCCAACUUGAACAGGUUAACCAUCAAAAUAAUAUAAGCAACUAACUCAGGUGGCACCACCAACAGAAGUAGGUCAGAAUAUCUAAGUUUUUGUUGUGAAAAAGCCUACUACCUGCUUCCCCCUUAAGUACUGUAUUUGACUUUAAAAAUGUCAGUAUUCAAACACAGGUUGAAACUAUACUAUAUAUAGAGGGAGAAUAAAAGUCAAUGUAUUUAACAUCCUACUUUAGGCUGUUCAGGAACCAAAUAAACAUUGUAGGGGGAAAAAUUUCCAGCCCAAAUUAAAAGUUUUUGCUGAACUGCUUAACUGGUGCUGGGCACACCACUCAUCCUCCCAUCCCCAAAUUAUUUUGCUUUUGCAGUGCACCCUGCUGUAAGCUACAGUAGCUGUGAUUUUGUUUUUAAACUGUGAAAUUUAAACAUAUCACAAGGGGAUCUGGUGGGUUGUUUUUUUUUUUUUUCAGAAGACUUCUGGUCAUGUAAAAGGAAGGAUCUACUUUUGAAACAAAGGGACCUAGAAAUACUGAUUGGCAUUGGUUAAGUGUAAUCAGCAGUUCAAAACACCUAAUGAAAUAUGGAAAUCUAAUUACGUUUUAAAAAAACCCUGAAAAAUGUGUGUGCUAUUUGGCAUGGUGAAAAAAUAAAGUCUGAGAGUAUGGAGAGGUUUUAUUGUCACUGUUGAGAAUAGCUGAGGCAGUAUUUGUAAGUAUUAUACACAAUAGAACCCUAUGGAUUUGAUAGUUUUAUGAACUAUUGCAAUACUUUUAAGAUCAACUUGUUCUUUAUUACAUAUUUAAGCUUAUUUCAUGAUUAUAAAGUAUUUUCACCUUUAUCAUAAUAACUUGGUUAAAAAUUUGCACAACUAGUAUGCAUACUUAAAAAUAAUCUAAGAAACAGCAACCCAGUGAUCACUACCCAGCACUGGGAGUGGGUGCAGAAUUAAUGUAAUUUAUACCUGCAAGUCUCUUUUUGCAUGCGGAGAGAUCCAUUUCCACCAGUAUGGGCAACAAAGAGAAGCAAGAUUUGGAAACGGAUUUAUCAGAAAGCCAUUUAUUACAAUAUGUCUGCAAAAAUAAGAGUCUGUUUAAAGUCUAGGCUUCUGAAAUCUCAGCCCAGAUUUUUUAAGAUUAAAGGGGUUAAGGGAUGCAAAUGCAUUCACCUUUCUAAAGACUUGGGUCAAAAUUGGGGUGAAAGUUUUGACAGCAGCUUGGGCAAUGGACACAAAAGCUACUGUAAUGGAAGCUAGGCUGUGGGCACCAGCUACUUCCUGGUAAAAGGUUGUUUGCUGGUACCUCAUUGUGCCUGAUAAUGUGCUGAAUGUGGGAUAAGACCGCAUUAACUGGACACAGAGCAGCCAGAGAAAUUGAGUUUAUCCCUUGACUCAGGAGGCAGUAACCUGCUCACAUGUCUAUACCCAAACUACUUGCAGAACUCCACUUGAAUUCAGCAAGGAGCCAGAGGACCUUGAGCAUCGGUGCAGGCGGAGGAGAUUGUAAUAGUGGACUUGGUCCUUUCAGUGGGAAUGGCCUGGUUCAGAAAGGUGUUGAACGCCAUGACUUUGAAUACUGGGGAUAUUGGAGCUACAAAAAUGUAGCUUUUUUUUUUUUUUUUUCCAUAGCAAAAUAUUGUAUUUCUAUUGAAAUGUGUGUUAAGCAACAUGACAUAAGUGAUGUACAAUAGCAUAAAAAUUGACCAAGAUAUCAUGAACAGUCUAUUCAGAAAAAGGAGGGAUUUUAGGAUUAAAAAAAAUGAAGGAAUGUGAUUUUAACUUCCCCUUUUAACUACAGUAAAUCACAAUGCUGUACAAGAGUUUAUUAUAUAACAUGUAGAAAGCAGUUCUAAACUGGGGAGUGCCAACCAGUAUUUUCAGUGUGUUGAUUCUGCAGUUUUGACCUAGCUACCUAAUUUACUUUUUUUUCAUACUGGAAUAUAUUUGUGGGAUUAUGUUUUGUGCAGUUUUGUUGAAAAACAUUUAUAAAUGCUGUUUUGAUAAAAAAACCUUAUUUUAUGAAGCAAAUUAUAUUUUGAAUCCUUUUUACCAGACAGUGGGCUUAUUCCAAUCAUCUUCGAGAGGCUUUUUGCCUUUCAUCUCAGUGGGAGUAAAAUCAGAUUUAAAUUUUUGUGAGAAUUCUAGUAUAAAUUUUCUGUCUUGCAGUCUCAACUUUAAUUUUUAAAGCCAAAUAAUAAAAAUGUGUGUGAAACAAUUACCUCCCACGUUUCAGAUCUUUAGAUAAAAAUUGCACAUAAGGAACUUAUUGUAUGUCAGGAUCAUUAAAGGAGGGGCUUGUUACAUAUUUUUUUUUAAUCCUGAAAUACAUUUGAUAUAUGCAUAUUUUUAGACAAAGUGUAACAAAAUGACAGAUUGGUCGCCAAUGGAACCAACAUAUUGUGUAGAUGUUUUUGUGUUAGUAAAAGUCUACUCAUUUUCUCUCUGCUCCAAAGUUUGCUAUGCAGUGUCGAAUGACUGCAAACACCAAAGGUACCUUCCUACAGUCACUUGUGCAUUGUUUGCAGUGCACUCAUUCAAAACCAGCAGGGUGAAUUUCAUAAAGGAGACAUUGAAAGGUAGUUUAUCCUGUGUCUCAUGCUCAUGCCAAUAAGGCAUUUUAAUUUUCUCCAAAUCCUAAGAGGUGCUGAAAGAUUUUAACUUGAAUUAAAACCAAAGAGUAUGCUAUUGGGAGGUUUUUAUUAUACAACUAAGUGCUACAGAUACAGUGAAAUGCCACUUGUUUUUUCAACUUCUUGGGAGGUUUUCCAUUACUUCCUUCACUUUUCUUCCAAGAGUCUUAAUUUCAGUAACUUUGCAUCUUUAUUUGAAGAGCUUUAAUUUAUAAUAUUCAGGCACUAGCUUUGUAUUCUUCAUUGCACUUUCAUAUUCUUGUGUUACAUGCCCGUAUUAUGGUUGCAAGUUUAUGUGAAAAUGACUUGAAUAAAUUGUUUCAAGCGUUCUA